CGGCCUGGAUUCAACCCGCGCCAAUGGCGGGCGUUGCGGCAACUCGACACUGACUAUGGCUUCAACGGCAGAAAUAGCGAAGCAGGAAAUGACCUUUAGCUAUAUUCAAAAGGCCAAUUCCAUUGCAGAGGCCAAAGGACCUUCUCCGCCUUACAAAAUGGUCUCGCCUCAUCUUCUCCCGGCUUCUCCACCACCAUUCGCCUCCUCCUCCGCCGCCGCCGCCGCCGUCGCCAAUUUCCCCUGUUCUCACCAUGACUUCACUCUCCGUCAAAUUCCUAUCCGUUCCGUUCCCAAAUUCGACCAACAACUUCAAAACCGCAAGACUCCACGCCACGCCGCCGCAGACCGUGGCGCCGCCGCCGGAAUCCGGUGCGGCGGAGAUCGACUCCGAGAGGCUUGAGCCUAGAGUCGAAGAGAGGGACGGGUAUUUCGUGCUCAAGGAGAAGUUCAGGCAGGGGAUAAGCCCUCAGGAGAAAGUGAAGAUCGAGAAGGAUCCACUCAAAUUGUUCAUGGAGAAUGGAAUCGAAGAGCUCGCCAAAAUACCUUUCGAAGAAAUUGAGAGCUCCAAGAUGCACAAGGACGACAUUGAUGUCCGCCUCAAGUGGCUCGGCCUCUUCCAUCGGAGGAAGCAUCACUACGGUCGAUUCAUGAUGAGGCUUAAGCUUCCCAAUGGUGUUACAACCAGUGCCCAAACUCGAUAUUUAGCCAGUGUAAUUCGGAAGUACGGCGAUGAUGGCUGCGCUGACGUGACCACACGGCAAAACUGGCAAAUCCGAGGCGUCGUUCUACCCGAUGUGCCGGACAUUCUUAAAGGCCUGGAAGAAGUAGGCUUGACAAGCCUGCAGAGCGGCAUGGACAACGUCAGGAAUCCGGUGGGGAACCCUCUCGCCGGAAUCGAUCCUCACGAGAUUGUUGAUACAAGACCUUACACGAAUUUGCUCUCACAAUACAUCACUGCAAAUUCGCGCGGCAAUCCGGCUUUCGCCAACUUGCCUAGGAAGUGGAAUGCGUGUGUUAUCGGAUCGCACGAACUCUACGAGCAUCCCCACAUUAAUGAUCUUGCUUACAUGCCUGCGACGAAGAACGGACGGUUUGGAUUUAAUCUUCUCGUGGGCGGAUUUUUUAGUGCCAAGAGAUGCGCGGAGGCGAUCCCCCUCGAUGCUUGGGUCCCCGGGGAUGAUGUUCUUCCUGUUUGUGGCGCAAUACUCGAAGCCUUCCGAGAUCUCGGCUUUAGAGGGAAUCGACAGAAAACAAGAAUGAUGUGGCUUAUCGAUGAACUUGGGAUCGAAGUGUUUCGAAAAGAAGUCGCAAAACGAAUGCCGCAGCAACAUUUGGAGCGCGCAUCGUCGGAGGACUUAGUCGACAGCAAGUGGGAAAGACGAGACUAUUUCGGCGUACAUCCUCAGAAGCAGGAAGGCUACAGCUUCGUCGGGAUUCAUAUUCCCGUGGGGCGCGUCGACGCAGACGAUAUGGACGAGCUGGCCCGACUGGCGGAUGUGUACGGGUCAGGCGAGCUUCGACUCACCGUCGAGCAGAACAUCGUCAUCCCGAACAUCGAGAAUUUGAAAGUCGAGGCGCUCCUCCGGGAGCCUCUGCUGGAGAAAUUCUCCCCGGAGCCGCCGAUCCUUAUGAAAGGGCUGGUGGCGUGCACCGGGAACCAGUUCUGCGGGCAGGCGAUAAUCGAGACGAAAGCGCGGGCAAUGAAGGUGACGGAGGAGGUGCAGCGGCAGGUGAGUGUGGGGCGGGCGGUGAGGAUGCACUGGACAGGGUGCCCGAAUACUUGCGGGCAGGUGCAGGUGGCGGAUAUCGGGUUCAUGGGGUGCAUGGCGAGGGAUAGGUCGGGGAAGAUGGUGGAAGGCGUGGAUGUGUACGUUGGGGGGAGGAUCGGGAGUGACUCGCAUCUCGGAGAGGUGUAUAAGAAGGGCGUGCCGUGCGGCGAGCUGGCGGCGCUGGUGGUGGAGCUGCUCGUCGACAGGUUUGGGGCUGUUCGCCGGCAGAGGGAAGAAGAGGACGAAGAAGAAAGGCAAGAUUGAUAUUAGUGUUGUGAAGAAGAUUAAUGGAUGGAUGAAGGGUGAUGAAGAAAUAGUAUUAUUGUGUGUUUUUUAUAAUAAUAAUAAUUAUUAUUAUUAUUAUUAUUUUGAUAAUACAGAUAUAAAGUCACA